ACUUUUGCUCAAAUUCUAGCCAAAAAAGAACAGCAAUCAAAAUGGAAAUACGCAACGAAGUAAAACAGAAGGACCAGGAAGUCGAAAAGAAAAAAUUUGUCGUACGCAAUGCUGCAGAUGUACAGAGAGCCAAAUUGGAGAAGCUCAUGAAGAACCCGGACAAACCAGUCAUGAUUCCGGCGCCGAGCAAAAAUCGAGACUUCUCCACCGCCAUUCCAUCGUUUGUGCGAAACGUUAUGGGUUCCAGUGCGGGCGCAGGUUCGGGCGAGUUUCACGUAUAUCGGCAUCUGCGCCGGAAGGAGUACGCUCGACAGAAGCAAAUUCAAGAGAAAAGUCAUGCCGAACAGUUGGAUGAUGCGUUUCAGCAAAAGCUGGAGAACAACCGGAAAGCCGCUGAGGAACGAACCGCCAAGAAGCGCGCCAAACGUUUGAAGAAAAAGGCGAAACAAAAGGAACAGCGAGGAAAGAAGCCGAAGCUCAGCGAAAGUGGAAAUGACAUGUCCGAAGAUACAUCUGAGGAAGAGGAGGAGGAGGAUGAGGAAGGAAACGAUGGGACACCCGUUCAAGGUACAGACGCUGGGGAUCCUCCGCAGCAGGAACGGGAAAGCGACAAGGAACAAAACGAAUCAGAAAAAUUAGAUGAUAUUACGGGGAAAGAAAAGGAUUCUAAUAGGAACGAUGAACCAACGCAGCUUGCGAACCAACCCACGGAAAACUCAGCACCACCAUCCGAAGCGAAUGCCGAAGAUAUUCAGCUUGAGACUGAAAUAGAUCCAAAAGAUAGACCAAAAGAUGCCGAAAAUAUGGAAAAUAAAAUAUUAAAGAACUGA